AUGAUUCGACCCCCGACUAGCAGGCUGGUCCUUGCAGCCCGCCUCCACCGGCAGCCUGCACAGACCCUCCUGCUAAACAGGCGCUUCCAUCCGUCCUCGACCAGAGGCGAUGUUCCUCAGUGGCCUCAGCCGAUUGUUCCUGAGCCUCCGGUUAUGCCAUCUGAUGAUCUGGACUCCAACUGCAAGCAUGACAAGGACGGCAAGAAGGGCGGCAAGGAUGAGAAGAAGCACGAUUCUUGGUAUCACGAAUGGGCUCACAGCCCGAGCUUCCAGGCGGCCCUCACUACGGUUGUCGGUCUCGGUGCCGUGUUUGCCGGUGGUAUUGGCUAUCUCCAGUGGUACAAGGCCCAUGUUCUCCGUCGUGAUCCUGCACUGGAGCUCACCUCUGCGAAGUCGCCACAGUCUAGCCACAUCGUUCGCCGCGAACAGAAGCUCAUCGAUUCCAUCUUCAGGGGCGAGAAGGAGGGAGCCCACCCCGAUCUGGAGGUCUUCCGUCUGCGUCUCGGCAAGGCGCUCGACUUUGACUUCUUCGAGGACUGGCAGGGAUCUCUGUUCUCGCGAGCUGACCCCCGGUCUGGAGGUCCUCAGCUGGAUGUUGAGCGUGCGAUGACUAAACUUGAGAAGGUGGCGAUCAAGUACACCAAGAAGCACGGCCGACCCCUCGUCAUGGCGUUUACCAGGUGUCUCGACAAGCUGAAGAAGAACGGUUCGCGCAUGAGGAUUCUCUCCGUUUACGACUUGUCGGCUACGGAGGCGAUCAAGGCUCUCCGCCAGCUGCGCGCCUUCUACCUCUCUCUUCGGAAUAACACGUCGGUCGACCAGGUCCAGAUUGAGGAUGACAACGUGCUUCGUCGUGUCUACGAAACCAUUGGUGGACGAACAAGCUACAUCACCCGUGUCGCGCGUGCCGGUGACAUGAUCAAGGAGGCGGAUGAGCUUGUUAAGAUGGAGAAGGGCUGGCUUCUGUCAAAGAUCGGUCUGAUUCCAGAGAUGGACGACGAUGUCAUGUGGUCGAGUUGCUCCUGGCUGCUUCUGCGGCAUAUGGCGCAGGAGGCUGCUCCCUUGAAGCACCUGAACCGCGAGAUUGAGAAGCUCGAGGAGGACCCGGAGAAGAACCUCGACCUGGAUGAGAUCCACCUGACCCCAGCCCCUGCCGACGACAGGGCUUCCACUGCUCAUGACUCGGACCGACCUGAGAUCUCGGAGGAGGAGCUGAACACGGACAUCGACCUGCCGCGUGUGACAUAUGACGAUGCGCGACGACUCAUGACGCGCACCGACUUCUUCGAGGGCUUGGACCACGACAAUGUUCACCACGAUGUGCGCCCCGACUCAAUGAUCAUCCUGCGUGCGGCGCAGGAGGUCGUGUCGCAGCCAGGCUUCGAUGAAAUGCUGGAUCAGACGCGCGAUCGCGUCGACGAGAUUGAAGGUGCGAGCCUGACAAGCCUCGACCGAGGCGACGAUGUUCAGGUGAUGGAGACAUGGGACCGGGAGCAUAACCGUCUUCUGUGA